AUUUAGCUAAAGUCACACUCGCGCAUGUAACUGUCGUUACACUGUAACCAUUGUAACACUGUAACCAUAGUAACAAUCUAGCCUGUAACCACAGUAACACUGUUACCCUAAAAGGGAGGGCGGUGCAAUUGUAACAUGUAUUAAUGGAUGAAGAUGUCGAGCUAGACGCUAAAUAUAAAUCAUACGCAGUCCAAGUUGAGAAAGUCCUCAAACAGUUUGAAAGUCCAAGAGAAUGGGCCGAUCUCUGUUCUUAUCUCAACAAACUUAAGCGGAUUCUGCAGAACAAUGCAAAGUACAACCUCAUCCCAAAGAAGCUUCUCGUAGCUAAACGUCUCUCACAAUGUCUCCACCACGCUCUUCCCUCGGGUGUCCACCUGAAGACACUGGAGGUGUACGUGAUCAUCUUCAAGAGGAUAGGAAUGGAGCGUCUGUCACGUGAUCUCUCUAUUUACAGUAUGGGACUAUUCCCCCUGCUCGGACACUCGGCUAUGAGUGUCAGACCAAAGCUGUUCGACAUAUUUGAUACAUUCUACAUUCCGCUGGGUACUAAUCUGGAGCCUUGUCUGCACGGUUUUAUACUCUCUCUGUUAUCUGGACUUGAAGAGGGCAGUGAACACUUUGAGGCCGUCACAACACUGCUGGGUAAGGUAAAACAGGUGACCGACAGAACACUAUUCUACGGAUGCUUGUGGAGAGCUCUUAUCUCUGAUCCUAAUGUCCGGUACCAGGGUAGUUUCUACGUUCUCAGUCAGAUUACCAAACGGAAGAGGGUUGGACAGGCGAUAUUAGGGGACAACAGAGAGACUCUAAUAAAGGCACUGUGUCUGGGUCUCCAGGACUCCAACACUCUCACUCAGAGGAACUUCCUCGACUUCGUGCUCUUCGCUUGUCCCCUUAAUACUCGAGAAUUCAGCAGGUGUGAUAUCCUGAAGUUACUGCGCGCUGCGCUGUGUGUUCUGCUGCGGCGCGACAUGUCCCUCAACAGACGUGUGUAUAACUGGCUCGAGGGCCACGGCGCUGAGGAGGCUAAUGAGACUAAGAGGAUUUCUAUGACUAGCUUGGAACUGACCAACAUAAUGGAAGAAGUGGACGGAGUUAAGGGGAUCCCCCCAGACAAGGUCUCAGAGGACAGUUUCCAAACGACGUGCGACCUAACACCUAAACCCACUAGAAAGACAUUAGAUGGUGAGGUGGGGGAGGAGGUGGUGACUAAUGGCGGGGUCUAUGUGGUGAAACCCUCUGCUCCCCUGCCUGAGUCAGAUCAGGAUAGUGGGCCCUCUGCUCCUCACCCUGACUCCAGUGACAGGGAAGAAGGAAGCUCAGAAGGGUUAGAAGACAGAGUUUAUGAGAAGAUAUUCGAAUUCGACACAGAAGACACCAUCACCCCCGUCUCCACAGACCAGUCAGUAAUGUCACCUCUUGUAGGUGAGGUGGAUACUGAUGGGGUGAUGCUGAAAAGACAGGACUCUUCUUUUACUGCUGAGCAGCUAGAAGCUGUCAGGGCUAAGUUUUACAGUCAAUACGGCAGACCGUACAUGAUGACAUGUCUGAGAGACAUGCUGUAUGUUAACAGCGAGGAUAAGAGUAUAGUUAUGCAGCCCUACAGGAUCAUCAACAGUCUCAUGGACAGACAGGACUUUGGAAGUGCAAUAGUAGAGGACCUGCUAGUAGACAUUACCAGGGCCCUGUAUAAGAACUGUGUAUCUCAGGGUAUCAGUGUUACUGCCUCUAACAUCAACCAACUCAAACUACUAACCACCGUCACUGCUAAAGAGUUGAUAAAAGCAGCUAACCAUCUGUUGGGUACAUUUGAGCCGGGGCUACUGUGGGACUGGCUGUCUGAUCAGCUGACUAGUAAAAAUAGUGAGAGUAGUAAGGAUGAUAACAAGGAGGAUAACAAGGAGGAUAACAAGGAGGAUAACAAGGAGGAUAACAAGGAGGAUAACAAGGAGGAGAACAGCAAACUCUUUGUUCCCAGUACAGAUCCUGACUUUGAGGAGAUCCUAUCUCUCACCGACUUCUUGCUCGAGAUCGUCUCUUUUGAGUACAGUGCGUCAGUACAGGCUACCUUCCUCCCCCAAGUGCUGCAGAGUAUUUGCAAGUAUCUGCACGCGCAUGUCGCCAUGCUAAACGGCGCGACCCUGGCGCACGCUAUAGAGACCAGUUCUAAUCUGCUGUCUCGCGCACAACCAACUACUGUUAGCACGGACAAUAUAUAUGCUAAUCCUGACACAGAUAAACCUGAAGAAGGAGAAGUAAAAGAGGAAAGUGGUGCAGGAGGAGGGGAUAAUAAGAAGAAGAAGAAGAAAUCAGCAUCAGAAUCCCAAAAAGAACUGCAAAUGGAUGAGAUGAGUGUGAUGUUUGACGUGGAAAGCGAGGACGAAGUAAAGUUAGCAUCUGUAGCAGGGCUGCUGCCAAGUCAGGAUUACGUUUCUGAGGCUAUCUCUAUUUACCAAGCAUUCCUGCACGAACUGGUGAGAACGCGCGUGCUAUCAGUCUACAAUUCAUCAUGUGACUCAGCAGAUGUAGAGGAGAUAGUGACCAUGUUUCUUCCUGCCUGUGCUCUUCUCCUAGACUUUGCUUGUUUCCCUAUCUUUUGUAACAUGGAUAAUGAGACACUUAAACAACCGCUUCUUCUCACUGACUCAACUAUAAAUGGGAAGAUAGAUGAAAAGAUAGCGUUACCAGGGUGGCUUUUGUCUCUUUUAGAGUGUUGCAAAAUAACAAACUGGGAGGAAAUAGUUCUCGCGUCUAUCAAGACAUUAACAGUUCUAAUCGGGCUCACCCUUUCGAUAGCGGAAGAGCAAGGAGCAGGAAGGAAGACUCUGGAGGGAAGUGUAGCUGUGGUUCUCAUGCCAACGUUAUCAGAAACUCAACUCCGUUUCAUUCAGUCCAAAACCUUGUACUUUACAGAUAUAGUGCGGAGUUUGUGGGGAUAUUUGUCGGCAAACUACGCAAAUCUACAUCACAGAGUGGUGAAGUUGCUGUGGAAGUUACACCAUUUAGCUCCAUCUCCUGAUAUAACUGAAGAUGUUAUCGGUGCUAUGUUAUCUAGCAAUCUCGUGUCUAACCGAUUAGAGGGACUGAGACGGUUCACAGUGUUCUGGCACAUAUCAGCAAGUCUAGCUGAUAACUGCAAAGAGUGGAGCAAACUUCAAGUGUCCGGCAAGGACCUUAGCAGGACCACAUUAGUCUUGUUGGAGUGCCUUGGAGGAUCUGACUAUCAGUCCAGACUGCUUGCUAAAGCCUGGAUCUCCCAAUGUUUCCACUACGGAGAUCUCAACAGGAUCCUAGACCCCCUCCUCAUCCAACUGCUCCACCCAUCCAGCGCGCGCAAGCUCGCCUUACCCGAGACCUACACUCCUCCGGAGCCUGAAGACACUCUGUCACUGCACUCGCAUGGUGAGACAGAGGACGCACACUCGCUCAACACUCGCACUAAACUGUCAGUGUUCUCCGAGGACAGUGAAGCGGAGUACAGUACAGCAGAGAGUGAGAUGACGGGAGACAAUGAGAGUUUGAAGCUUAAGGAGGAGAAGAAGAGGACAGAUUGUCAGAACGAACUGUUCUACUCCCAGGAGUACGAUACUAACAGGAGCAAAUAUCUCUGGCAGAUCAUCCUGUCCAUGAUGCAGGCUGACCCCACCCCUUUUAUCAGGAGUUGUCACAACGCAAAGUUCAACGCAACAAGCAAAUACCUUUCCCAAGAAGUGUACGAGCUAUUCCACAAACACCGCAUGUCCAUCAGAGACGAACUCUACGCAGAUCCCUUCUUCAUGACCACCCUCUCUGAGAAAGACCCCAAACUAGACUCUCGUCUCUCCGUAGCUGAGAGACUCCGAAAGAUCUCCAAGAGUUACCUGGAAUUAUUAGUGACAGUGUGUUUGUGGUACUGCAGGGCGAGAUACGAUCACAAGCGGAUCAACCAGUGUGUGUGUGAGAGCAACAGGGAGGUUAGACUUGUGGCGGUGGAGUUCCUCUCCACUCUAGUUCAGAAGUGUGUUUCUCUCCCCGGAGAUCUGAGGAAGGUGGCUUGUGAGACUUUGUUUGAUAGGUGCCAUCUCCAAGAGUCUGUAUUGUACGUUUUACAGAGGUCUAUUGUAGCUCACACUGAAGCUGCUUAUAUCGUUCAGGAGGACCUGGAGAUUCUGGAGUGGACUAAAGUGUUCCAGUCUGAACUACUGGUCCUGGUUCAAAAUAUUCUGAGGUUGGAGAAUGUUAUAGGUUGGGGUGACUCCUCAAAGUUAGCUAGCCCACUUUCUAAGUACGAGUUUGACUACAAGUACGUGAACUACUACAUGAACUGCCAGGAUACCCACAUUGCCAAAGUGAACCUGGUGGACUCGGAAGUAGAGACCUCCAACAACCCCAAGUAUAUCCAGAACCUACCAAUGGUAGGACAACCUCUCUUCGCACACUGCGUGCUAGUAGCUCUCACCACCCGACGAGUUACCUUCAUCCACAAGAAAUGGUUGGACACCAUCUUCUCCUGUUUCGACUACAAGUCCCCUCUAAUAAAGAAACUAUCAGAAGUAACAGUCCAGCAGAUCCUACACAACACCAGACAGCUCAGUAAAGAGUACCACAACAUCAAGACUCCCAACCCGGUGGUGGGGUGUGUUCCAGUUAACCAGAUAGUGCUGCUACUGGAGUCCCUUACCUCAGUCGUUCACUUCAUCCUGGUCCACGCUCCUAUUGUCCAGUCUUCCAGCUCUGAGACCAAUAGAUCUGGGUUCCUCAUGCUGUUCUCCAUGGGUAACGAAGCAGCGAGUAGUGCUAGUGAUACCGAGUAUGAGUUUGUUAACGAUGCUAAACACAACAUGCUCCAGUUCAUCCCCAAAUGUUUUGAUACUCUUCUGGAUGUCUGGAUCAACUGGAAGAUGGUGGACUCGGAGAGGGUAGAGAACUUAUACCCCUGGGGUAAACCUCUGGAUGUCAGGAAUCUGGUCCUCAACUUUGUGUCUCCUCUCUUCAAGAAAUACCCUGCCUCAAUGCUCAGCUCUCUUUGUGAAGUGUGGCAUCUGAAUCGUAGGAACCUGAUAUUUGGGAGACCUGGACACCUUGUAUCUGCUCCCAGCAAGAAGCAGCUGGCUCUUAUUGAUCUUAUCAUGGACAUUACUGUGUGUACGUAUGAUGUGGUCUUGAAGAACUCACAGAAGCUCCUUAACACCGCUGCUUCUCAUCCUAGAGACUCACGGGAACAGUUCGGGUUCUCGUUCGAAACAGAACUGGUCCACCUCACCUUCGAGUACUUCAGACACCUUAAGAAACAGACGAUGCAGAAAGCGUGGCCUCAUCUUCUGAAUCUGCUCAGAGAAGCCUGUACUAUCACUAACCAACCCCCCGUCACUCUGCUAGCAGUGGGAUUCCUCAGCUCUACCUGACUAACUGUCCUCAACUAGACGACACCAAGUCGAGGAGAGAGCUACAGGAGGUCACUGUCAAGCUGAUUGAGCUGACGACUGAGAUAGCUAGCAAGUCUCUAUCACAUAACUCAUGGUUCAGCAGGAAAUCUGAGGUGCUGCCCGAGUAUAACGAGUUAGUUAGCGUAAAGAAAGAAGACUCAGAGGAUAGCUCUUCCGACGAGGAGAAUUACGAGGGCAACAACGUGUACACUCUGCAAGCAAUCUACGUUCUCAACGAGUGCCUCUCCCAGAUAAUAGAUCUGGUGUACGGAUCAGAGGAGAAGGAUAAAGCUAUAGCCAUCCUCUCUCCUCUUAUCUCCAAGAUUUCUGUUUACAUCCGUAACCACGCGUACCACAACAUGCCCAACUCUAAAGCCAGCGCGGCUCUUCUCUCCUCUAUCACUGACUAUCAGUAUUGUAGGAAGGCUUGGUCUAAGGAGUUGUUUGAAGCUCUGAUGGACCCAGAUUUCUUUGUUAUGGAGCCCACAGCCCUGUGUCAAUGGAAGGUGAUAACGGAGCACCUGAUAGCACAUGAUAACUUGCUGUUCCAGGAUCUCCUGGUCCGGGUUACAACAGCUACUGGAGGUCUGUUCAGCUCUAACGAAGUGUUUUACACACAGAAAGCGAGACUGUUGAGGAGGCUAUCCUUCACUAUGUUCUGUUGUGAGUAUAAUCAGUUCGCUAAGUACAUCUCCAAGAUACAGGAGUGCUUUGUAGAGGCACUGAAGCUCGGACAAGCACCUCAGGUCAUCAGGGAAGUAUUCCUCGGUUUCAGAGUCGUUAUUUUGAGGAUGUCCCCUGGAACUUACACUCCACUCUGGCCCAUCAUGCUCAAUGAAUUAUACGGGAAUCUGGUUGAGUUUAGGGAUACGCUCAAGAAGAAGAAGUCUCAAGAUAGUCUAGACUUCUCUCCCAAGAUCCUGGCUAUGUAUCUGUCAGUCAGUAAACUGUUGGACCAGGCUCUUAUCCUACCAGCGCACAUGAUCCCUGACUUCCAGGUUCACCAUUGGUCGUUUGUUUGCGACAGACCACUGGACCAACAGCCUGACCUCGUGGACCAGACCUUCGCUUCCUUGUCAAGGGAGAUCAGCGAGGAGUAUGAAAUGGUCAUGGAGUUAGAAGAAGAAAGGCUGAGGAGAACAAGGAAUGCGCCCUACAUAACAUACCCUAAUAUUGCUAGUUUCUGGGACCUUCAACCCUUCUAUUCCGGUUUAGCUAAGUAUGGUCUAUUUAAUACGAUAGACAAGGAGAUCACAGAAGAAACAACUGUCAAACUGCUAGAAGAUUCACUCGAUCUGGAAUACCUAGACCUAAACUAGAGUUCUGCUGACUCUAAACUAAACUGAAACAUGGAUGAUCGGCCACAGAAUACAAAUUAGUUAUAUCAGACGAGACAGCGCAGAUGGAUAGAAAUUGGGUAGAGAUCAGACCUUUAACUUGAAUGUAUUUAACAUGCUCUGAGAGAUGUAUAAUGUACAAUGUAUAACAUGCUUUGAGAGAUGUAUAAUGUACAAUGUAUAACAUGCUCUGAGAGAUGU